CUAUUUAUAAAGUGGAUCAUGUGACUUUCAAAAUGGCGUUGAAGGGGAGUGUGUUUGCGACGAGAGCUCGUGCUGGGUCAUCGAAAUUGGCCACACAGUACGAUGCAGACGGCAAUGAAAUAGAGUUUGAUGUGAGGGAAGAUGAAGAGCAGAAUGUUAAACUGGGACAAACUAUUGACUUGUUGUUGGCUGCUGGAUACUUCAGGGCCAGAAUCAAGGGACUCUCACCAUUCGAUAAAGUGGUAGGAGGAAUGACUUGGUGUAUCACCACCUGUAAUAUAGACAUUGAUGUCGACCUCUUGUUCCAAGAAAAUUCAACCAUUGGACAAAAAAUUGCCUUAACAGAGCGAAUUGUGGCAGUGCUUCCUAAGAUGAAAUGUCCACACAGAAUUGAGCCCCAUCAGAUUCAGGGGUUGGAUUUCAUUCACAUCUACCCCGUAGUUCAGUGGUUGGUGAAGAAAGCUAUUGAGACAAGAGAAGAGAUGGGAGAUUUUAUACGAGCUUUCUCGAUUUCUCAGUUCAGCAAAACUCACAAGACUCCGGAGGAUGUUGUAUUUGAAGAAUUAAAAGAAAAGUCUACAGUCUCUCUGGCUGAUGUUAAGGAUGUUUACAAGCCCCAAAGACGGUACAAAAGACAAAAUGUGGAUCAACUGAAGGAUGAAGAAACUCGUGUUCAUUCCACACUACUGGAAUAUGGAAGGAGAUAUGGUUUGAGCAAGUCUGACACAUCUGAACAGGAUGCUGACAAAAGUGCUAAAAAGAAAGCAGCAGCCAGCAGCUUGGGAGGUCAGAAGGAAAUGACCCCAGAGGAACUACAGGCAGAAGAAGAGAAGAAAAUCCAGAAGCUGAUGUCAGGGAUGUCUGGAUUUCAGGAGGAUAAACUAACAGCGAGUGCGGUUGGAUCUAUAGUGGGCAUGCAGUCUGAGGAGAUCCAACAAAUCGCCUCCCACUACGAAGGAAAAAAAUCUGAGAUAGAGCAGAUAGAAAAAUCAGAGAGGGUUGGCGGAACACAGCAGCAUAAGAGAAUGACUGCUGCCCUGAGUAAACAAAUACAACAACGAACAGAUAACUUACAGCAGGUUCAAGCCAAGCAUGAUGAACUCCAUAAAGUCUACCUCGAAACUCAAGAAAAACUCAAACAGGUGAGAAAUCGAAGUGAGAGAAUUGAUGAGGAGAUGGUGAAACUGACCGAGAUUGAGACAGAGGACAAUCAAGGAGUUUUACAGACUCUGCGGUCCUUGGUGGCUAUGAAUGAAAACUUGAAGAAGCAGGAGCAGGACUUUAAGGCUCACUGUAAGGAAGAGAUGUCACGUCUGAAGGCGCAGAUAGAGGAACUAAAGGCAGGAACGGAGGAGGAAGACUCGGAAGACAAGACCCGAGCCAGUUUGAUUGACAAGCAGUAUGAGGCAGACAGAGAGAAACUCCACAAGAUAAGACUGCUCCUGGCUAGGAAGACUCGGGAGAUCGCAGUCCUCCAAAGAAAGAUUGAUGAAGUGCCAUCUAGAGCGGAAUUAAGUCAGUACCAGCGACGCUUUAUUGAGCUCUACGAUCAAGUGGCUGCCACUCACAAAGAAACCAAACAGUUCUAUACGCUGUACAAUACGCUGGACGACACCAAGCUGUAUCUGAACAAAGAGAUCAGCCUCCUUAACUCAAUCCAUGACAACUUCAGGCAAGCCAUGGCCAGCCCAGCCUCCAGGGACCAGUUCCUGAAACAGUUUGAGAACAUAGUGGAGGGAAUCAAACAGAACAAGGCAAAGCUUGAAAAGCGUAAACAGGAAGAGAAGAUGAAGAGAGACCAGUUGAAUGAUCAGUAUUUAGACUUGGUGGAAAAACAGCGACUAUACUUCAAAACAGUGAAGGACUUUAAGGAGGAAUGUCGAAAGAAUGAAAUGCUGCUGAGUAAAUUAAGGAAGUGAUAAUGAGAUUAGAAGAAUACUCACAGGAUCAAAAUGAACUGUUAAAUGUGUUGGUCAGCUUAAAACAAUUAAGAUUGAAUUCCAGCUAUAGACUGUAUAAAACUUGAUAUUGACUGAUUAUUACAAUAUUUAUUCUUGGUGAUAUAAAUGCUUAAUGUGCAAUUUUAUAGAACUUCAGUAAAAGGUACUGAAACACUACAAAA